AUGAAACCUCAAGCAGACCUUGCUAACAUUGGCCAGCAGAAGAGUUUCUGGAACCUUUCAUCAGAGCCUCAAGUUCUGUGUCAGUACAAAUUUUAUCCAACAUAUCUGACUGCUAAGGCUAUCCAGAUGAAAGUAGAGGACAUCAAAUGCAAUGAAGCUGCUUCAAGAUUCCCAGUUGAAAACAGAACAGAGUUGCAACAAAGAGGGUUGGAUGUGGCAGCUAGUGAAUCGUCCACUUUGGAACAACCUCGUCAACACCCAUAA